UCUUUCCUCUCUGGUUUCAUUCUGUAUUGCUUUCUAGCUCAACAAUGGCACUCCAUCAUCAUUUACUUCCCACGCCGCCGUCUCUCCCACUCAAACCCUCCUUAAACCCUAAUCAUCUCACCUCCGCCCUUAAAUUCCUUCCUCCCUUACUAUCUCUUACCCAAACUCGCUUCCGCCGCCGUAGGAAUCGUGCAUGCUUCUCGGAGAAGCAUCACACAGCUUCUCCAGGAUCGAACGACGUCGUCGAGCUACCACUAUUCCCUCUCCCUCUCGUUCUCUUCCCCGGCGCGAUUCUUCCUCUUCAAAUAUUCGAGUUUCGGUAUCGUAUAAUGAUGCACACUCUUCUUCAGACAGAUCUUAGAUUCGGCGUUAUAUACUCCGACACCGUCUCCGGCACCACCGACGUCGGUUGCGUCGGAGAGAUUGUCAAACACGAGAAACUAGCCGAUGACAGGUUCUUCAUUAUUUGUAAAGGCCAGGAACGAUUUCGUGUUACGAAAUUGGUUCGGACGAAACCCUAUUUGGUGGCGGAGAUUACUUGGCUUGAAGACAGACCGUCGGGUGAUGUUGAAGAAGACGCGGAGGAGCUGGCGAACGAGGUUGAGACGAAUAUGAAAGACGUGAUUCGAUUAUCUAAUCGGUUGAACGGGAAACCGGAAAAGGAGGUGCCGGAUUUGCGGCGUAACAUGUUUCCGACACCGUUUUCGUUCUUUGUCGGUAGCACGUUCGAAGGAGCGCCUAGAGAACAGCAGGCAUUGCUUGAAUUAGAGGAUACAGUGUUGAGAUUGAAAAGGGAGAAAGAAACAUUGAGAAAUACUCUGAAUUACUUGACUGCAGCAUCCGCUGUUAAAGAUGUGUUUCCAUCUUCAUGAAAUCCAAGGUAUCUUACUGUUUCUUUUUGUUUUUCUCCCUAGUAUCUAUCUAUAUGAACAUGGAAGGAUACAUAAUUGUAAAUUAAUUUUGAUGUUUCUAAUAGGGUUUCUCUCUAAGUGCAUACUUUUAUCAAACCUAGUAGUAAAUUGUACAUAAAAAUGGAGUAUUUGUU